AAAGGCUAGAACCCUUCUCGUCUCCCGCAUUCCUCCUCGGCGACGGCGGAUUUCUCGCCUCCGCCGCUCCGACCGUUCGCUCGUUUGCCCCCCGCGGUAGGCCUAGACUCCUCCCUCCGACCCGCUGGUGCUUGGUUGGGAGUUGGGGAUCUCGCGGAAGAGACGGCGGCGGAUUAGGGCUUGCUGCCCCCAUCCAUGGCGUGGCGCCGCGUUCUUUCGCAGCUUGCGAAGAAUCGACCGGCAUCCACAAUCUACAAUGAACUGAUAACCUCCAACCCUUCGUGGAUUCUUAGAGGUGCUGUCAAAGGUGGCACACUUAAAAACUUACAUGAGAGGUAUCAAUCAAGCUUUGUCGGUAGCUUGGCACGCAGGGUGCAAAACCUGGAUGCACCAAGUGAAGCUUCUCUGCUGAAAGAAAUAUACAGAAGUGACCCAGAACGUGUCAUACAAAUAUUUGAAAGCCAACCAUGGUUGCACUCCAAUCAUUUAGCACUUUCAGAGUAUGUGAAAGCUCUUGUGAAGGUUGAUAGGCUGGAUGACAGCACCUUGCUUAAAACACUACGGAGAGGCAUGGCUAUUUCAGGAGGAGAAGAAGAAAGCCUUGGUAGCUCUUUUGCCUUAAAGAGUGCUGGUCAAGCAACAAAAGAUGGAAUACUUGGCACCGCAAACGCACCCAUUCACAUGGUUACAUCAGAAACUGGUCAUUUUAAGGAGCAGCUUUGGCGUACCUUUCGAAGCCUUGCACUAACUUUCCUUGUAAUUUCGGGCAUUGGUGCUCUUAUUGAGGAUAGAGGAAUAAGCAAAGGUCUUGGUCUAAGUCAAGAAGUUCAGCCAGUCAUGGAUUCUAAAACGAAAUUUAGUGAUGUAAAGGGUGUUGAUGAAGCCAAAGCUGAACUUGAGGAAAUAGUUCACUAUCUUCGAGAUCCCAAGCGUUUUACACAUCUUGGUGGAAAACUGCCAAAAGGUGUCUUGCUGGUUGGCCCUCCUGGAACUGGGAAGACCAUGUUAGCGAGGGCUGUUGCUGGGGAAGCUGGUGUUCCCUUCUUUUCAUGCAGCGGUAGUGAGUUUGAGGAGAUGUUUGUAGGUGUAGGAGCUAGAAGAGUCAGAGACCUUUUUGCUGCAGCUAAAAAACGAUCUCCCUGUAUCAUAUUCAUGGAUGAAAUUGAUGCGAUCGGUGGGAGCAGAAAUCCAAAGGAUCAACAGUACAUGAGGAUGACCUUGAACCAGUUGCUUGUUGAGCUGGAUGGCUUUAAGCAGAAUGAGGGAAUAAUUGUCAUCGCCGCAACCAACUUUCCUGAGUCCCUUGAUAAAGCACUAGUUAGACCUGGGCGCUUGGACCGGCAUAUUGUUGUUCCAAAUCCAGAUGUUGAAGGCCGGCGGCAAAUCCUAGAGUCCCAUAUGUUGAAGGUCUUAAAGGGUGAUAAUGUGGAUUUGAUGAUCAUUGCCAGGGGAACACCUGGAUUCUCAGGUGCCGAUCUAGCUAACUUGGUAAAUGUGGCUGCUCUUAAGGCUGCCAUGGAUGGAGCAAAAGCUGUUACAAUGGAUGAUCUGGAGUAUGCCAAGGACCGCAUCACGAUGGGCAGUGAGCGCAAGUCAGCAAUUCUCUCUGAUGAAUGCAGGAAAAUGACCGCGUACCAUGAAGGAGGGCAUGCCCUUGUUGCCAUACACACUGAAGGUGCUCGCCCUGUCCACAAAGCCACCAUAGUGCCCAGGGGAAUGUCACUUGGAAUGGUGUCCCAACUCCCAGAAAAAGAUGAGACAAGCUUUUCACGGAAACAGAUGCUGGCAUGUCUGGAUGUCCUCAUGGCAGGACGGGUGGCGGAGGAGCUUAUUUUUGGGGAUAGCGAGGUAACAUCUGGUCCUUCAUCCGAUUACCAGCAGGCAACUAAAAUGGCAAGAGCAAUGGUUACCAAAUACGGUAUGAGCAAGCAGCUUGGCUUUGUCUCUUACAACUAUGAGGAUGAUGGAAAGAGCAUGAGCACAGAAACAAGACUUCUGAUUGAGCAGGAGGUGAAGAGUUUGCUGGAGAAUGCCUAUAACAAUGCAAAGACUAUUCUCGUGGAACGGAGCAAGGAGCACCAUGUUCUAGCCAAAGCACUUCUUGAGCACGAGACUCUCACCGGAGCACAAAUAAAGAAAAUCUUGGCCCAAGCAAAUAACAAGCAGGCGCAGGAGCAUGCUGCUGAAGCUCCACAGAAGACGCCGGCUGCACCGUCGUCUCCAGCUUCAUCGGCUGCAGCAGCGGCGGCGACGGCGGCAGCUGCUGCAGCACAGCAAGCUGCAGCGAAAGCCAAGGGGGUUGCUGGUAUCGGAUCUUAAGCUGCUACCAUCACCAAGAUAACUUAGGAGUAGUAGUACAAUCUAAAGUAGCUAAUGUUGGAGAUUCAUCAAAUGUGUGCUCACUUGCUCUUGUGCGCAAGAUUGCUUUUGGGUAUGUUCUGACCAGGUCAGAGCUGUUUUGCUGGGGACCUUGUCUUCCAGUCAGGGGCCUAUCUAGUGUUGAUAUAUUGUACUGUAAUAAUUUGAUAGCUAACCGUAGUCUGGUAUCAUUUAAAUCUAUGGAACAAUCGUUCUUACCAUUGUUUUGAUGUCUAAUAUUGAUUUUGCCUCUACCUUUUAGGGUUUUCA